UUUUCUCUUUUCACUUCUCAUGGCUUCCGAGACGAAGAUCGUCAAUCUUGCCGAGGAAGCCAAGCUCGCCAGAGAAGGUGUCAAGGCUCCCACCUAUGCCUUUUCCACCAUCUGCAAGUCCCUCGUCGCCGGUGGAGUCGCCGGAGGACUAUCACGAACGGCAGUUGCUCCACUGGAACGGAUGAAAAUUUUACUACAGGUUCAGAAUCCACACAACAUAAAAUACAAUGGAACUAUUCAAGGUCUAAAAUAUAUAUGGAGAUCCGAAGGUUUCCGUGGACUGUUCAAAGGGAAUGGUACUAAUUGUGCUCGAAUUGUCCCUAAUUCUGCAGUCAAGUUCUUCAGUUAUGAGCAAGCUUCCAAAGGUAUACUACAUCUGUAUCAGAAGCAAACUGGAAACGAGGAUGCUCAACUGACUCCUCUUUUACGACUUGGUGCUGGAGCAUGUGCGGGAAUAAUUGCCAUGUCUGCAACUUAUCCAAUGGACAUGGUUCGAGGCAGGAUAACUGUACAGACGGAGAAGUCCCCUUACCAAUACAGAGGAAUGUUUCAUGCUCUGUCAACUGUACUCAGGGAAGAAGGUCCACGUGCUUUAUAUAAGGGUUGGCUUCCUUCAGUCAUUGGAGUUAUUCCUUAUGUGGGUCUCAACUUUGCUGUGUACGAGUCUUUGAAAGAUUGGUUAAUUAAAUCCAAUCCAUUGGGUCUAGUACAAGAUUCUGAGUUGAGUGUGACAACUCGCCUAGCUUGUGGUGCCGCAGCUGGAACUAUUGGGCAAACUGUUGCUUACCCUCUCGAUGUCAUUCGUCGAAGAAUGCAGAUGGUGGGUUGGAAUCAUGCUGCUUCUGUUGUAGCUGGUGAUGGGAGAGGGAAGGUACCACUUGAAUACACUGGCAUGAUUGAUGCUUUUAGGAAAACUGUCAGAUACGAAGGUUUUGGCGCAUUAUACAAGGGUCUGGUGCCAAAUUCUGUAAAGGUGGUCCCAUCCAUAGCAAUUGCGUUUGUAACAUAUGAGGUGGUGAAGGACAUUUUAGGAGUGGAGAUCAGAAUAUCAGACUGAAGAUUGGUAUCCAUGUGAUAUUUGAUUGCCUGUUGUUUUCAUGUAGGCAAGGGUACGCAGAGAUGAUAAUUUAGGGUUAUUUUCUUGUUUUUCGUCUCUUCAAUGAGUUAGGAAGCACAUGAGCUGGUGUGUAUAAAUUAAUUCCCUUGUAUCCCAUUUUUUUCCCCUUGUGAACAUGAUGUAGCUUUUAGCUUUGUAUUCAUCUUCUGACUUCUAUGGCAAUAAGAGUUGUAGAGAAACAAUGCAAGGACAUAUCUGCAUGCCGCCUUUCUGCCUGAGUGAAGAAACCAUUUAUCGGUGGAAUAUCCGGUGACCGAUUAUUGUGUACCCUUCUAGAAAUCGUAUAAGCGUUGUUGUGUGCAAGUUAUUAAGCAGCCGGUUUGUCACAA